GACGCGUCUUUCCUAACAUAGGCAUACGGCAAGGUGAGCUGCUGGGUGAAGGCGCGUACAGCAAGGUGGACCACGCCGCGCCAUCACGCUGCUUCCCACCUGCCGCUCCACACUGCCGCGUUUUUUCCCCCCUUGCCACCUCCCCCCAUUCCCGUUGCGUUCUCUCAUGCUCCUGCCUCACUCCUUCCCCCUCCCGUCAUCCCCACACCCCCCGUGGGGCGGGGCAGGUGUUUCUGGGGCUGAACGAGCGCACGGGCGAGCUGAUGGCGGUGAAGCAGAUGAAGAUCAACGCGGGCGACGAGCGCGCCAUGCACAUCGCAGCCUUGGAGCGCGAGAUCGUGCUGUACCGCCGCAUGCGGCACCGCCACAUAGUGGGGUACAUCGACAUGGAGAAGGACCCCUCCGACGGCUCCAUCUACAUCUUCCUCGAAUUCGUCUCCGGCGGCUCCAUCCACAGCAUGUUGGAGAAGUUUGGCAAGUUCAGCGAGUCGCUGGUGCGCGUGUACACGCGCCAGCUGCUGCUGGGCUUGGAGUAUCUGCACCGCUGCAAGAUCAUCCACCGCGACAUCAAGGGCGGCAACGUGCUCGUGGACCGCGAUGGGGUCAUCAAGCUCGCUGACUUUGGGGCCUCCAAGGCGUUUCAGGAGGGGACGGUGGGCGAGGGGUGCAAGUCGAUCCGCGGGUCGGUGUUCUGGAUGGCACCCGAGGUGAUCACGGGUGCGGGGUACGGCCGCAAGGCAGACAUCUGGAGCCUCGGCUGCACCGUCAUUGAGAUGCUCACCGGCAGCCACCCAUGGCCGGGCAUGGACAACACGUGGUCGGCCAUAUUCCACAUAGCCAAGACCACCACGGGCCCGCCCACCCCCGAGGAGAGCAGUGAGGAGGGCCGUGACUUCCUCGCUGCCUGCUUCCAGCUCGACCCCGCCCUCCGCCCCUCCGCCGCCCAGGUCAGUGCCUCUGCUGCCCAGGUGGGUGCUUCUGUUACUCGGGUGUGCCUUGCACCUGAAAGGCGUUAG